AUGUCGCAGGAGAACCAUAGUCCGCUCCUCCGUAAAAGAUCCGUAAAAGGGAGGAGCUGUACCUGCGGAUGGGAGGUGAAGUUCGGCUACGGCGUGGCUUUCACGCUGGCCGUCUUCGAGGCCAAACGCUUCCUCGCGUUCGCCUUGGAGAUAUUCGCGGAGUGGCAGGUGAUCCGCUUCGCAGGUGGCUUCCAGCCGGUUGCUCUCACCUUGGCGGACGUGACUCUGGGAUUACCGUGCGCCCUUAUAACCGUACGCACUAUACGCAGAGGCUGGUCGAGUUCUCGUACGAAGAGCCACGUACGAACUGGCCGAGUAUUGAGAUGCCUCCUGGUGGCGGUGGUCGUGUGCGCCGCUCUGAAUACGGCGACCCUAGCUUCGAUAGGGUGCCACAUCAGUGUGAGGCGGGAGACGCUGGUUGACGUCUUCAACGCCUCCAUGCGGCUGUACGUGAGCACGGCCUCUUACAAAUAUGCGAUUGACGAGAUUCAAUUUGCGCUGCAGUGCUGCGGUCACACCUCUUACGUCGACUGGUUCCGCCUCGAUUGGCAGAAGACAAAUUACGCGUCCGAAGAGGAGACGACGGGACAGGACGGAAUCUCGGACGAGGACUACAGAGAUCGCGGGGUCCCCUUCAGCUGCUGCAAUCCGCACGCGAUGGGGCCGUGUAAGCACACGGAGCUGGCGGAUGACGAAACGAUAAACGUCAACGGCUGCGCGGAAGUCAUCAGCUCCAUUCUUCUGAGGAUCGUCAUAGUCGCUUACAUCAUGACCAGCACUUUAAUCGCCACUCAAGUGCUAUUAGCCUUCUUAAUCGCCCGAACGAUCAGUAAAUUCUUACCUCUUCGAUCGUCCUUUCCUCGCGCGAGACACUCCACCGCGCCAUUCACCAUUAUAAACAUGUCUUCAAGGACCUACGUGCCACGAUUUUCCUCGGUGAAGAAAUCCGCCUGGUACAGGAGACCGAACGCCCGUUCAUCGUCGGCGAACGAUGUCUGCAUCAAGGAAAACCGGAAAGCUAGAUCGUCUGCGGCGAGGUGCAGUUGUCCUAUUUUGAGUCGCGGUAAUACCCGGGAGAUUGCGAAGAUUAAGCCGAGCGUUCACGAGGAGCACAGAGUAUCUGUGAAACGUCUCUGCAACAAGCGCGUGCGUUGAGGCUCCUUUGUGCUAAUUAUCUGCAGAUCUCCUGACUGAUUAGAGCAACAGCUCUUU